UGACUUGCUUUAUACAUACCUUCGUCAUUGAGGGAAUACAUGUAACCGCGGUAAAGACGACUACAUUGUACCGAAUACCUACCUGUAGAUAAGACAAACAUUCAGGAAGUGCUUAUAAACAACAAUGGUUCGUCCUGAAUAUCCCGAAAAGUUACUGUUCCUCAUAUUCUACCUAUUGGGUGCGGCGAUUCCUGUCCACGGGACCAGUUGCAACACGUACGGUUCUGUUAACAAACACUGUUCGUCUGGCUAUCACUGUUGUGGGAGACGGUACAACAGGUACUGUUGUAUAGACGAUGACUUCUACUACGGGGGCAUGGAUGGCGGUACCGUCGCAGGUACGGUGGUCGGGUGUAUAGUGGGUAUGGGCUUGUUCAUAGCUAUGGUCGUAUGUCUGUGUGCUGCAUGUAACAAGAGUGGAACAAGAGGUGCACGAAUUAUUCAUCACAACUCGGCACAACCCACGGUGGCUAUAGUGAAUACAAGCAACAUGGAAGGGUACGUGACGUCCAGCUUCCAAACCAACUCAGGAACAGCAUAUCCCCAACAAGGAUCUGCCCAAACUUCGACUACCUUGGCGUUCUCUGGUCAAUUUGUACAGCCUCCACCUUAUUCUGUCAAAUAGAGGUACAACUGUACAUAACAGGAUAGCACUGAAGCGUCCAUGUGUGAUAUACAAACAGAACUAUGUUUAUGUUUUAGAAUAUAAAUUUCCAUUCUGUAAUUUAAUGCACAGGCAUAUCGAAACUGAUCACAUGUUUGUAGCUGUUCUGUCUCUGUGUGUUCAGUGAAACAGUAAUGUGUCAUUACAACUUCUUUGUAUAUCAUUACUAUUAAAGUGUUAUUGUCCG